GGGGUGAAGUUUACAGUCAGUGCGCUCUCCUGACUUUUGCGGAGUUCAGUGUUUUCGGUGCGAUCGCGCGGUGCGUCACACGCUCCAGAGGAACCAGAGGAACCAUCCAAGCAAGUGGACGAGCGCACGCACGACCCGCAGCCGCACAUUAUACAUGCGCAGACAGAGCUGGGACUCUCCGCAGCGCGUGUCGGUUCUUCCCCACAGUUUCCACUCCGUUUGUCCGCGUCUCGCGCGCUGUUUCCCGGGAGCGACAUGGACGUGAUCCCGAUGUGCAGCAUCUUCCAGGAGCUGCAGAUUGUGCACGACACCGGAUACUUUUCUGCGUUACCGUCUCUGGAGGAGUACUGGCAGCAGACAUGCCUAGAGCUGGAGCGCUACCUCCAGAGCGAGCCCUACGUCUCGGCCACGGACCUCAAGUUUAACAACCAGGAGGACCUGUGGAGCAAGCUGAUGCUCGCCUGCGGGGAUAAGUCCGGCGACGCUGACCCAAAGAUCCCCCACAUCAAGGAGGAGGAAGACAAUCAGGACAUCCAGCACGUCGACGCCGGGGGGUUCCACUCCGACGCCAGCAGCGAGGCCUCGGACAGCUCCGAGGAGCUCUCCCCGACCCUCGACUUCGCCUCCGGCUCUUUGACGGACAUUAUGGGCGACGGCGGGGAGGACCUGGGCUCGGCCAUCAUCAGCACGCCGCCGUCCUCGCCCGAGCUGGCCAAGGACGGCUCCGGCGCCCCGGCGUGGAGCGGGAUACAGACUGUGCUGCACUCGCCCGGGAAAAUAAGGACAGGGGGAGGAACGGAGAGGUCGGGGCUGACCAGCGGGGAGGCGUCGCCCGACGGCAGGAGGCGGGUGCACAGGUGUCACUUCAACGGGUGCAGGAAGGUGUACACCAAGAGCUCGCACCUCAAAGCACACCAGCGCACACACACAGGUGAGAAGCCCUACAGGUGUUCAUGGGAGGGCUGCGAGUGGCGCUUUGCACGGAGCGACGAACUCACCAGACACUUCAGGAAGCACACUGGAGCCAAGCCAUUCAAAUGCAGUCACUGCGACAGGUGUUUCUCCCGCUCUGACCACCUGGCGCUGCACAUGAAGAGGCACAUCUAAGAUGGCCUUCCGUGUCCAGCGAGCUCUGAGGGAUGAUUGCGGUUGAUUGUCCCGUCCUGUUGGGGGAUCGGCGAGGCCGGUGUGUCCUGGGAGCGCUAACGGGGGAGGAACACCGCCGUGUUCCGGGCAGCGGAAAAAACAUGAAGCAAACGCAGGCUAUUAUUUGCACCAUACUUAGUGCCUCCAACACCUCGCUGUGGAGAUUGCUCUUGAAAGGCUUUUACGGAGGAGCGCGGGGGGGAAGGGGAGAGAGAGACUGCUGGGAAAAAUCUGGACUGGAGACGACGGGAAGAGACUCUUCUGUAUGGUGUUCGACGCUUUUUUCCUGGAGGAUUAUGGGACUCUCGUCGGGGGAGGUGGGGGAGGGGACCCGUGCCUCCGAUGACCGUGUGUUUGCCUGUGUGCAUGGGGACUGCGAGUGCCUGUGCUGGCUUUGUGGAGCUGACGGCGCUUGCAUUGUGGAGACGUGAGCGAGUGAAUGAGUGACGCCGCGCGCUGUCAUGUUUCUGUGUUUUAUUUGAGAGGGUGAAUAUCGUUUCUGUCUCUCUGCGAAUGAAUGCAAAGCGAGCGGCGAACGGUUCUGUGUUCUGUGCGAUGAGUGUCGCGGCUGUGGAGACGGGGCGGGGGGGUCGGGUCGGGUUGUUUGGUUUUCAGAGGGCGCCCCCUGCGUGCCCGGAGGUGGAACUACAAGCUUCCCCCGAUUCACAAGUGGGAGUUUGUUUUGUUUAGUGCAGCUACUAAAUGUGCAAUGUAUGAAGUGGCCCCGUCUGAAACCAUACACGCUAUAAAAGCUCAUUUUAUUGUCCAUUGUGUAAGCUCUGUAUCUUUAAAGAAAACUGAAAAAAAAAGAAAAAAAAGGUUGUAAACAAACAAACAGUUAUCACCAUUAUAACAGACGUUGCAUGGGAUCAGGGGAUGUGUUUUUGGCUUACGUGUUUGCUUAUAGGACGACACAAUUCCACUCCAGAGCAGCUAGCUUCAUAUUCUGCUACCGUAGUAUUUACAAAACACAUAAGGCCGUCUUUCUUUGUUGGGAAAACCACUGUUGUUGACUUUUGGGAUUUUUUGGUUCCUUUUUUUCUUCACUUCUGCUUCUUCUUUUUUUUUUUUUUUCUAUCUGUAAAUGCACUGUUAACCUUACUGAUGCCUUAUGUAAGUGGCCUUGUCCUGUUAAAUACAUCACUCUCUCUCACACAUACACACACACCGGGGUUAGUCUAGUACUGAAUAGCUUUAGAAAGGCCCUGUUCAAACACAUUUUUCUUUCUUCUUCCCAAAAUAGACUCAUCUAAUCUCCAGAACAAUAACAAUAAAAAAGAUAACAACAAUAGCAACAAUAAUAAUAAUAAUAACUAUAUAUCAGCUUCAUAACGACUGCCAUUUUACAUUUCUGUGCAUAUUUCUGUGUCGGAUUAAUCGCGACUAUAUCGGAAGCUUUACUACUAUGUAGUACAGAGGUACAGAGAGUCCUGGAAACAUGUUCUCAUGAAAGGUGGCGUCCCCCCGAGAUCCAUUUACCUAAACCAUUUCCAUUAAAUAUCAUAAAAAGAAACGGUAACGAUAAUGAGUCUGUUCUCAUGAUGUAGGUGUUUUGGUUUAAAUCUCCCCCUCAGGCUCAAGUCUGCUUCUUUACUCAGUCCUGCUUUGAAGAACCGACCAAAAACCAGUUAAACCAGUUCAGCUGCGGAGCAGGGUCAUGUGGUGAAACUGAGCAGAGACCAGGUUUCAUGUCAAUGCCGAGACCAUAUUUUAUGUCACUCAGUGCAUGUUCUUCACGUCCCGUAACAUGACGUUGACACACUCCUCCGUCUUAUCUCGCAGAAUUUAAAGUUGAGUUUAAAGCCACAAUGUCAGUAUUUGUGUUCAAAUGUGUAACAGUGCGUUUACACCAAAGGCAAAAGCAGAUUUUUAGCACGUUUCUGUUGCGCUAACACAACCCACAAAUAUGUUUCCCGUUAAAGUGCGACAGACGCUUAAGGUGCGCGUAUCAGGAAAAUCUCAACACUGAUUGGCUUUCGCAACAUUAGUGUAAAGUGAAGCAAAUUCGAAAUUAACGGAAUUUGCAUCAGCCAGAAAAU